AUGGCUAUUCCAGCUCCCAUUCCGAUAGUUCGUGUGCCCCCGGGCGAGUCGUCCGGCGGCGGAUCCUCCUCGUCCUUUGCCUCGGGCUCCUCCCGCAUGGGGCUAGGCAACUCUUUUGGGACAUCAUUCCCCAGCUCGAAUGGCAUCGGUGGCAGUGCCAGCUUCAGGGAAGCAAUGGCUAUGGCAACGUCGUUUGGCAAAGACGUCAAUGACUUGAUCGACUACUCAGCAGGCAGGUUCGCCUCGUCGGUAGAUUCGGAGAUGACAAUUGCACCCUCGACAUCACUGGGGAGACUAGAAUCAACCUUCUGUAGGGACUUCAGCUGUUGUGGUCAGGACCUGGGAGAUCUGCAUGACCUGCUUCAACACUACGAAGAGUGCCACGUGCGCUUUGAUGAUGAUGGUAUGCCAGGAAUGGUAGACGAUGACGGCAACUCAUCGUCCGGUGGAUCAACUUCCACCCCCUCCUCAAUGCCUCCCAGCCCGCGAGCUGCUCACGCUCGCUCCUCUUCACGGAGACGCGAGUCGAGCUCCACCGCUGGUUCCUCGACGGUCAAGGGCAAGAAGCGAUCGUUUGGCCAGUAUGAUGCCACCAACCCUGGUGGUGUCGCAGGUGCAGCCAACACUCCUGGCUCGGUGCAGUCCCUUCGGAGAGCCCUGAUGGAUGGAGGUGUGGGAGGUCGCAGCAAUGGCUCCACGUCAUCAGUCUACUCAGCCAAUUCGCCCUUCUCUACUCCUGAUAGCUCCAUCCCAGGUACACCUACUCUGGACGAUGCAGACUUCACCUUUGGUCACAAUGGACUCUCUGCCUUCUCAGCCCUUUCGCUACGUCCCACAAGCGGCGACGAUCAUCUGCCGGCCUGUGCGCCCCCCAACCUCUUCUUCCCUGCACCUGGCUCUUCCGCAAUGGCCGGAGCCAACUCUACUACCCCCGGGCACCCUGCCCUCAAUGCACCAGUCAAUGUGGGCGGCAAUUCUACAUCUUCGUCCAAUCUGCCCCCACCAGCAAAGAGGGAAAGGAUAGCGUCGUGUGGUAGUUCGUCUGGGGACGUGAAGCAAUUGGACAAGGACGGCAAAGUCAUCGAUAAGCCUUUCAGGUGCCCCAACCCAGGCUGCGACAAGGCUUACAAGCAGGCGAACGGCCUGAAGUAUCACAGGCUCCACGGCAGUUGCAAUAAGAACCUGGCAGGACAGACUGGCGGCGAUGGGUCCAGUGGCAAUGCAAGCACCACCACCGCACCCACGUCACAAGCACCACCCAAGGUGACUUCCCCUGCUGCGCCUGCUUCCUCUACCACGGCUGUUCGACCUCCUCAGCCAGCAGCCAACGGUGCGAAUCCGACACCGAGGCCUGGUGGUCCGGGCGUAGCUGGACCUCCGCGACCCGGAGGCAACCCCAAUAGCAUGCCUCCCCUCCCUCCUAACAUCAACUCGGCAGCCUUGGCUGCUGCUGCCGCUCUACUGCAGCGCGGAGGUCCUCUACCACCCUCUCUGCAGGGUCCGAACGGUCCCAUUGAUUCAGCUGCCCUUUUGAAGACGCUGCAGAUGCUGCAAGCUCAGGUGGCUCAGCAGCAAGGCACGCCUGGAGGACUGCCCGGCGCACCGGGUAACAAGGGACCGGUACCUGCCACCUCGCCCGCAGGAACGACUGUGGCUAAACCUGCAACUGCACCGCAAGGGGCAGCAGGAGCCGGUGGAGUCAAGGCCUCCCCUGCAUCUAUCAAGUCUCCUACGAGUACUUCUGCUCCAGCUGGUGGAGCACCAAGCGCUGCUGCAACUGCGAGCGCGAUCCCGCCCGAGAUGCUCGCUGCUGCCCAGGCUGCUGCACUUCAGCAGCAGAAGAAGCCUCAACAGCCCGCGCAAACUGCCCCCAAUGGCACUUCUCCCACCCAGAACAAGCCGUGA